CUCUUUCUCUCUCUCUCAAACAGUAAAGCUCCCUGCUUUUCUAAUUUUCCAAAACAUUAACAAAUAAUUAAAUGAAAUUCUGCUUAUUAUAAUCCCCACAAAAGAACUUUGCAUUACUAAGUUGAGCUUAAAUCACCUGCAAUACUGGAUUCAAAUUUUCUUUUUUAAUCUCUCUGUGCCUUUAAUGGCCUCUCAUUCUCUCUCCCUUCUAGCACACUGUUUCUAUAUAAUCUCAGCUCUCUCCUCUUUAACUCCCAUCUCUAGGGCUUCAGUCUCUAGAGAAGACCAUAACCGUCCCCUCUUUUUGCUUACUUUGACUUGACUCCAACCCCUAAGGGGAAUUUGAAGGCUUAGGAAGAUUUAUCAUCAUGUCAAAAGACAAAGAAAUAAACGAUGAAGAAGGAAGAGAGGAUUUGUUUGGUGAUCGUGAGAAUCCUGGUGAGAAAGGGAUGCUGGCUGAGGAUGUCAAUUAUGGUCUUAUGUGUAGCUCUCACUCGCCCCCAUGUCAAAAGGUGCGGCUUUGUGAGACAAAUCAGGGUACGGACCUGAACUAUGAUGGAUUUUGUUCCAGUGAGGGAAAGCUUGGUUAUUCCUCAGGUGCAGAACCUCAGGAUGCAGAUUACUCCUAUAUUCCCUCGCUCAGUAAUGAGCUAGAGGUUUUGAUUUUGGCUCGGGUCCCCAGAGAGGAACACUGGAAAUUCUAUUUGCUAAACAAAUAUUUCUUACAACUGUUAAGAAACGGUGAGUUGUUCAAGAUCAGGAGGGAAAUUGGGUUGAAGGAAUCAACUGUGUUUAUGUUGCCAAUGGGGGACCGUUAUUGGUGGGCAUUUGAUGGGCAAUUCAAAUCUUGGAGAAAGCUGCCAAGGUUACCAGCAGAUGACUGCUUUAGGGAUGGUGAUAAGGAAUCAAUUUCUGCUGGCAGCCAUUUGAUUGUUUCAGGCAAGGAGAUGGAAGGCACUGUUGUCUGGAGAUUUGAGUUGGAAACAAAUAGAUGGUCUAGGGGUCCUGGCAUGAUAAACCCCCGAUGUCUGUUUGCAUCAGCUACCUGCGGCACCUAUGCUUUUGUAGCUGGCGGGAAAGUAAUAGGGUUUGAAGGUGAUUUCAAAGUUGUUGAUUCUGCAGAGAAAUAUAAUCCGGAGACAAAAUCAUGGCAUCCACUUCCAAGGAUGCACCGGCAGAGGGAGUUGUGCUCUGGUUGCUUCAUGGACAACAAGUUUUAUGUGAUUGGAGGAAAAAAUGAGAAGGGAAACUAUCUCACUUGUGGAGAGGCCUACGAUAAUGAGAAGGGCUUGUGGGAGUUGAUUCCGAACAUGUUGGAAGGUAUUCCACUUCAACGCUGUCAAUCUCCACCUCUAAUUGCUGUUGUAAACAAUGAGCUUUAUUCACUUGAAACCUUGUCUAACGAGCUGAGGUUGUAUUUGAAGAGCAGCAAGACAUGGAAAAACUUAGGGCCUGUCCCUUUUAGUGCUGGUUCGGCAGGAGGAUGGGGAGUGGCUUUUAAGUCUCUUGGCAAGGAGCUGCUGGUGAUCGGUCCAUCCUUUGGUGGUCCCAUGCCUAUAUACACAUGCUGCCCUCAGCCUGAUGCUGAUGAACUUAAGUGGACGCAUGUAGAAUGUGACAGAUGUGGCCUCAAUCAGUUUAUUCUGAACUGUUGUGUGAUGGUAGCUUGAAUGUAACCUCAUAAGCUGUAACUCUGCAAUUUGUAGAGAUAUUCUAUAGGAUCUUCUGAUCUAAAUAAAUGUGGGGAUGUGUAAUAAAACAUUCAGAAUUUUCCGAUAAUGUGAUGUUUGGGAUUUCUCCCGUUGCCUGCUUAAUUACACUAGUGGUGAUGAGAACCGUAAGAAGUUGUAAGAAGUUUCCCUAAGAAAAGACUUAUGAUGCA